CGCGCGCCCCUCCCUCGCCCACCGCCCCUCACGCUCCCCGUGCUCAACACCCUGCGCGAGAAGCGCGUCAUCCUCGCCUCUGCCUCUCCCCGCCGCCGCCAAAUCAUGUCCCUCCUCGGACUGCCCUCGAUCGAAGUGAUCCCGUCCAACGCAGCGGAGGACUUCCCGAAGACGAUGCAACCGUUCGAGUACGUGCUCGCGACGGCGACCAAGAAAGCCCAAACAGUCUACGAGGUGGAGAUCCAGAACGAAGAAAAGGGGGAGCCGGCGCUGCUCCUGGCCGCGGACACGGUGGUCGUGGACACUACGACGGGGAGCAUCCUGGAGAAGCCGCGCAGCGAGGCGCAGCAUGUAGCGAUGUUGAAGGCGUUGCGCGACGCGGGGGAGCAUAAAGUGUACACGGCGCUGGUGGCGAUGGCGCCGAUGGCGAGCGCGCGACAGCCGGGGUAUGUGCUGGAGACGGCGAUGGAGGAGACGACGGUGCGGUUUGGUGCGGAUGUGUCGGAUGAGUUGAUCAUGGCGUAUGUGCGCACGCGGGAGGGGGUCGAUAAGGCGGGGGGUUAUGGGUUGCAGGGGAUCGGGUCGAUUCUGGUGGAGAGCGUGCAGGGGAGUUUUGAUAAUGUGGUGGGGUUGCCGUUGCGGACGGCGUAUAAGUUGAUUGAGAAGGUGGUGACGAAGGCGGAUGAUGAGGAUCGGUUGUCGGAUUCGGAGAGGGAUGGGUUGGAUGAGGAGGAUGAG